AAUUCAUGUUUGCUGUGAGUGACAUGGUGGCGCUCCAGACGCUUUUUGCCAGGUGUGCGUGUGCAAGCCUUUCAAGACGGUAGCACGCCACCCCCAGCUCCCCCCCUCCCACUCCCCCCGGCGGAGCAUGUCUCCACUGUCCUGUUCCCACACGGAACGGUCCGAACUGACAGCCAUAUUUUUACCAUAAUGACGUCCUCAGCCGCAAGGUAAUGCGGCCCUUUGUCAAGAUCACACUAGGGUUCUCCAGCGCUGACGGGGCGAGGACAAGUAUUGCUGGGGCUGGGCAAGAAAUUGCACCAGAAAGCACACAUCAACCACACUGCUGAUCCACAAGACUUGUAGGAAGGCAUUUCGCGAGAAAAACGUGUUGAUUCGUGGCGAACGGGGCAGCUCUUUGUCACGUAUCCCGCGCGAUACCAUCCCCACACUAGUUUCUGAAAGCUCGAUAUGUUCUUGCCUUGUCAACUUGGCCCUAUUUGCGGGCGCUAACAUCAACGCUUGGAGUGGUUUGAGGCACGCAUUGGUGGCACGGGGGGGUCGAGCAGCAUGGCUCAGUUGACCUUACCUGCCUGUCUGCUCAAGCCUGAAACGGAAAAAAGCGAAAGUCGCGCAAAGAGAGGAGUGUACUGAUGGUGGCAGUCCCUGUGUAUCCUGGGCUCGGCAAGGCAUGACCCAAGGUGCUCGUCUACGUCAGAAGCGUACACAAGGAGCUGGUGAGCCUUUGCUGCUGUGACACGGUUCAGCCAGAGGAACACGAAGAGACAUUUUGAGGCUGGAUGACAUGUUUUUCCGAGCUGUGUCCUGGAAGGUGACAGCAGCCUUGGAUUUGGCGGUUCAGCUGCCAAGCUUAAGGCUUCAGCCGAGGCAGUGUCGAGGUGGUGUGCUUCAGAGAGUUGCCGAAACAGCGGCGCCAGGUCAGCGAGUUGCUGAUGCUACUCGAAUCAUCUCCGCCGUUGGCAACUGGAAGUGGGCGCUUGCCGUCCACUACUUACAGGAGCUCCUACAACAGGUGACGCCAGACGUUGUGUGCUUCACAGCUGCGGUGGGCGUUUGCUCCCGCGCCUCGCGCUGGCGUCAAGGCAUCCAACUCCUCCGCCAGAUGCAGCAGGUGCAGGUGGAGCCGAACGUCGUGAGCUACAACUCUGUCAUAGCUGGCUGCGGCCGGGCAGGAAGGUGGCAGAUUGUCCUGCAUCUCCUGGAGGAGAUGAGCGCUGCGCAACUUCAAGCCGACGCGGUGACUUACAACACAGCGAUGGUCGCGCUGCGCGUCGGUGGGCAAUCGCGCCGGGUGCUCCGUAUGCCGCGAACCAAUGCUGAAGCUGACGCUUUCACUUACUGCGCCAUGGUCAGCGCCUGCAAAGAGCAAGCCAAGUGGGCGAAGGUGCUGAGUUUGCUGAAGGACAUGCCAGUACAAGGCAUUGACGAGUAUGUCCUCAGUGCAGCUAUCGCCGCCUGUGCCCGUGGGAUGCAGCCGAAGCAAGCCCUCGAUCUUCUGCGCUUGGGGGGUGACGACUCAGUUGUCGUGGACGCGGCAGUUGCCGCAUGUGCGGGAGCGGCGCUGUGGGCCGAAGCCAUCGGGCUGCUUGGCAAGAAGCCAGGCGUGCAGAGCCUAGUGGGAGCUGCGCUGGCAGCGGCGGGUGCAUCCCGAAACCAUCUCGCAGCGCUGGUUGGUGCUGCGCAGCGGGCGGCCUGUCAGGAGUUGAUGAAGCACCCCGAGGAAGAGGGGGCUUGGCACGAUGCAAUUCUGGCGGAGGGGCUGGCGCACAACCUCCACUUUAGUUCCCCAGGCACCGAAAAGAAGACGCUUGCAUCCAGGACACAGUUGCUACGAGUGCUGAGACCGUACGUGAUCGAGCCUUUGGUGGCACUCCUUGUCAAGCCGCGCUCAAGGGGUUUCAGGCGACAGGACAUUCUGCAGGGGCGCUUUGGCUUUGGUGGAUUUGGCAAGGAGGCGCUCUCAGAGCUGCGCGUCGAGCCCACUGAGAGACUGGACAGACUCCAGGAGUGGCCGAGGCACAGCCACACCGCUGCUGAGCCAGUGGCACGUUCUAUGUCUAGCUCUAACUCGGUUGGCCCCGCGCUGACCGGUGACCAGCCAUCUGCCUCCCUCGGCGGCGCUGGCAAGGAGAGUUGACCGUUUCCCUCAAGUACGCCGUGCAAUGUGGAGGACAGCCGCUGUUCGGCCAAGCAUUGGUGAGG